UUUCACUUCUGCUGCUUGGUUGAAUUCAAGUGAGAACAGAACCUUCCCCACCGUUAUUUCCACAAAUUUACUGCUUUUUUGAAAGGUCGCUUUCCUUGGAAUCUCGCAAACGCUGUCUUCCGUUUGUUUAGGUAAAGCCGUUUCUUGUUCCACAAGGAAUUAGGAAAAAAAAGGGUUUUUAGUAGGGAUGGCGGAGGCCGUGAAAACGCAGAAUCCAUGGAUGAGUUCCCAGCAAACGGCAACUAUGGGCGUCAACGGUCGUGACUUGCUGUUGAUGGAAUUGGUGGUUUCUGAUAGAGAGAAGCUAGGAUUCAGUACUUCGCAGUCUCAACAAACGGCCAGUGCAUCGCCAUCUGAUAUGAAGUUAGGAUUUGGCGUGAGAGCUUUCUCCGCAGCCGGUGCUGCCUUUUUGUCGGCAAUUAUUGUUAAUCCUCUUGAUGUAGCCAAGACGAGACUGCAAGCGCAGGCUGCUGGAGUCCCUUAUUCGCAUCCGUUAAGUAAUAUCGUUACUCGCAUGGAAUAUUUUGGACCGAGAACGUUGUUUGCUGAUUUAAGGUGUUCUCCGUCUUGCGCCCGCGCCGGAGUUCAUGGUACUGUUUCAAUUUGUCCUCCGGAUUGUUUUCAGUACAAGGGAACCCUUGAUGUCUUUUACAAAAUUAUAAGACAGGAAGGAUUUUCAAGGCUGUGGAGAGGCACAAAUGCUGGUCUGGCGUUGGCUGUACCAACGGUGGGGAUCUAUCUGCCCUGCUAUGACGUGUUCCGCAACUGGUUAGAGGAUUUAACGACCCGGAAUGCUCCAUUUGCAACACCAUAUGUUCCUUUGGUUGCAGGAUCAUUGGCACGCUCAUUAGCUUGCGCAACUUGCUACCCUAUUGAACUUGCCAGGACCAGGAUGCAGGCAUUCAAGGAGACCCAAAUCGGUAAGAAGCCUCCUGGUGUCUGGAGGACCCUACUUGGUGUUGUCUCUGAUGUUAAGAGCUCAAAUAAUGUUCAAAAGAGCUUGCAAGGCUACCGCGUGCUUUGGACAGGCAUGGGAACCCAGCUUGCUCGUGAUGUUCCUUUCUCAGCAAUUUGUUGGUCCACACUUGAACCUAUCCGGAGAGAACUUCUUAGUCUGGUUGGUGAGGAAUCCAAUGCAGCAGGAGUUCUAGGAGCAAACUUUUCUGCUGGUUUUGUCGCUGGAAGCCUUGCUGGAGCUGCUACAUGUCCUCUAGAUGUUGCAAAAACCCGAAGGCAAAUUGAGAAAGAUCCUGACAGGGCAUUGAGGAUGACAACACGGCAAACACUGAUUGAGGUUUGGAGGGAUUCGGGAAUAAAGGGUUUGUUUACAGGAGUUGGUCCUCGUGUUGCCCGUGUAGGACCUUCAGUUGGGAUUGUGGUUUCAUUCUAUGAAGUGGUGAAGUAUGCUCUACAUAACAGUUAAAAUAAUGCUUACAAUUAGAACCAGGGCACCUGCUUUGCUUGUGUCAGCAGAAUCAAAUGUUUGGUGAGGGCAUCAGAGAAAUACCUAACAUCAACAAAACGACUGCAAAAUAAAACGAUGCACCGAUGAUCCGCAUUCCUGUAUGACCAUGUGGCAGAGACAGGACCUUUUUUCGACACAAUUUUGGUUUUUAGAUUACUGGAAAUGUACUGUCUCGUUUGAGCAAAAUUUUGUCUUGCUUUGGGUGUUUACGGAAGCAGUUGAUUUUUCCCCCAUUUGGUUUUUAUAUUUUCUGAGAGGUGGUCUCAGUUUUGCCAGUUAAACUUUGUUGCUAAAACCCAGAAAUAUACACAGGAAGUUGUGAAA